AUGCGCCCCAUCCCCACACACUGGCGUCCCACCGCCUGCAACGUGCAGACUCUGGCAGACAUCAUGUCCGCCACCAUACCCUGUGCGCGUCUGUAUGCCUGGAUUGGGCACGUACUCUUGCCCAAGCAGAUGGACUCCAGCAACCCUUACAUGGAAUGGAUCGAAAACUACAGCCGCAAGUAUGAUGACCGACGAUUCCAAGACCUGGAAGCCAUUCUCGACGAGACCUUUGUCCCAGAGUGUUAUGACCGGGUGUCGUACCUGUACUCAGAGGCCAUGCGGCUGGAGAGGGAAUUCUUUGCCGCGCAGCCCCUGACUGGUGGCGAAUGUCCCACGACCCAUACCCUCAAGCGCCACCCCAAACCAGCAAGGGCUGGGUUGAACGCCCACUGCUCGGCACUGUAG